AUGCCUCGUGACCUUCUUUCACAAAUUGUGAAUGGUAGGUUUAAUUUUGAUCCACCACCACUAAUUCUUGCACUUCGAAUAGAGAGUGAUGAAGGGUGUGGAAUGUCACUAUUCGAAAUUGGAGACUUAAAGAUGAGAAUUCUGGAAGAGCACUUUGGUUAUCUACAUUGUCACUUUGAGUUGUGGCAUGCAUGUGAUGAUGAUAGGGAAGAGGACCAUCACAAG